AUGGUCACAAUUACUGGUGCUGAGACGAGGGAUGUUCGAUUCCCGACAUCCCUCGACAAGACUGGGUCCGAUGCUAUGAAUGCAGCUGGUGACUACUCCGCGGCGUAUUGCAUUCUGCAUACGGACUCGGAGCACAAGGGCCAUGGAAUGACCUUCACCAUUGGUCGCGGCAACGAAAUAGUCUGCACCGCCAUCACCCACCUCGCGGACCGCAUAAAAGGCCGCUCACUUGACUCCCUCGUCGCAAACUGGGGUAAGACAUGGCGCUAUCUCGUCAACGACUCGCAACUCCGCUGGAUCGGCCCCGAAAAGGGCGUCAUUCACCUGGCUUUGGGUGCCGUCGUCAAUGCCAUCUGGGAUCUUUGGGCCAAAACGCUGAAGAAACCGGUGUGGCGCAUCGUCGCGGACAUGACGCCUCAGCAGAUCGUCGACCUGAUUGAUUUUAGGUAUAUUACGGAUGCUAUCACGCCGGAAGAGGCGCUGGAGAUCCUGACCAAGGCGGAGAAGGGCAAGAAGGAGAGGUUACAGGAGGCGCUGGAUUCGAAGGCGGUGCCGGCGUAUACGACGUCUGCGGGUUGGCUGGGGUACGGGCAGGAUAAGAUGCGCGGUCUGCUUCGCGAAACGCUGGCAAAAGGCUACCGACACUUCAAACUCAAGGUGGGAAGCGAUAUCGAGCAGGAUAAGGAGAGGUUGAGCAUUGCGAGGGAGAUCAUCGGGUUUGAUAAGGGAAAUGUGCUUAUGGUAGAUGCGAACCAGGUGUGGAGCGUGCCCGAGGCGAUUGAGUAUAUGAAGCAGCUUGCGGAGUUUAAGCCGUGGUUCAUUGAAGAGCCGACUAGCCCUGAUGACGUACUUGGGCACAAGCAAAUCCGCGAAGCCCUCAAGCCCUACGGCAUCGGCGUCGCCACAGGCGAAAUGUGCCAAAACCGCGUCAUGUUCAAGCAAUUCCUCGCGGCCGGCGCAAUCGAUGUGUGCCAAAUCGACGCCUGUCGUCUCGGUGGCGUAAACGAAGUCAUCGCCGUGCUGCUCAUGGCCGCCAAGUUCGGCAUUCCCAUCGUUCCGCACAGCGGCGGCGUCGGCCUGCCCGAGUACACGCAGCAUUUGUCCACCAUCGACUACGUCGUCGUCAGCGGCAAGAAGAGUGUGCUCGAGUAUGUAGAUCAUUUGCAUGAGCAUUUCUUCCAUCCGAGCGAGAUUAAGGAUGGGUAUUAUGUUACGCCGAUGGAGCCGGGGUAUAGUGUGGAGAUGAAGCCGGAGAGUAUGGAGAGGUUUGGGUAUCCCGGACAGGAAGGGGUGAGUUGGUGGAGGAGUGAGGAGGCGAGACCGAUUUUGGAGGGGGAGAAGAUUUAA